AUGUUAAGGAAAAUCAAGCCCAAAGAAAGUGCCAACCAGGUAGAGAUAAAAAUAUCUCCAGACAAACAGCACAGUCAUGCUGACGUGCGUUGCCAACUUCUUCACUCUCCCCUCAAGGAAUGCCAGGGUUUAUUCCAUUCUUUUGCAGUUGGCAAUGAAGUAACUUCUAAAUUAACACUGGUCGACUACAUAAGGAAAACUUUAAACCUCCCUGGCACCAAAUACAUGUGCCGUGAAGCGGGCUGCGGUGCUUGCAUUGUCUCAGUAUCUAAAUGUCCGAAACCUGAUCAAGCUGUUAAUUCUUGUUUGGUGUCAAUACCAUCAUGCCAAGAUUGGGAUAUUACAACUAUUGAAGGAUUGGGAAAUAGAAAGAUGGGUUAUCAUGUACUCCAAAAAACUCUAGCAGAAAACAACGGCUCGCAGUGUGGACACUGCUCUCCUGGAUGGAUCAUGACCAUGCAUAGCCUUCUUCAAAGAAAAAAGCGUCUUACAAUGCGCGAAAUAGAACAGUCUUUGGCAGGUAACGUCUGCAGAUGCACCGGCUACAGACCAAUACUGAAGGCAUUUAAGAAAUUUGCCUUAGAUGCACCAAGAAACGAUCUCCCAGAUAUUGAAGAACUCUAUAAAUGUAAAAAAAGUAGUGUUUGUAAAAAAAAAUGUGAUGAUGAUUGGUGUUUCAUCACAAAGGAGGCAUUACAGAAGAAAAUAUUAAAAUUAAGAUUAAAAGACAAAAGAUUAUGGUAUAAAGUUUGUGAAAUUGAAGAUGUAUUUGACAUUUUAGAUAAAGAAGGUGAUGAUUCUUAUAUGUUGGUGGCAGGGAACACGGCCAAAGUUCCUUAUCCGAUAGAAGAGUACCCUAGAGUGAUAAUAGAUAUAAGUGGUGUCGAGGAGCUGAAGCGCUGUCAGCUCGAUCAAAACCUGGUCAUCGGAGCAGGGACCACGCUAACUGAUCUCUUAGAGCUGUUCAAGGACAUGUCAAAAGAAGACGAUUUCUCGUACCUGGGUAAAUUGUGGGAACACUUGCAAAAAGUUGCUCACGUCGCUGUAAGAAAUUUGGCAUCCAUAGCUGGUAAUCUUAUGAUAAAGCAUCAGCACAGAGAUUUUUCUUCGGAUUUAUUUCUUCUGUUUGAAUGUAUUGGAGCUCAGCUAACUCUAUGUUCAAGAUCGUCCAGAUCAUCCAGAGAAGUGAAAACAAUCACAAUGCAAGAGUUUCUCGAUAUAAACAUGAAAGGAAAAAUAAUUCUUAAUAUUUUACUGCCACCGUUAAGCCACGAGUUUAGAAUCGUGACAUUUAAGAUCAUGCACCGUGGGCAAGGGACGCCUGCCAUUGUUAACGCAGGGUUCUUGUACCAAAUAACCGAAGACUACAUAGUCAGGGCAUGCAGGAUUGUAUACGGAGGUCUGUCAGACCAGUUCAACAGAGCGAGGAAUACUGAGAACUUCCUGGUCGGGAAGCACCUGUUCACAAACAACACGCUACAGAACGCGCUGAAGGUCCUGGACAAUGAGCUGGUGAUCACUAGCGAUCUACUGAGUCCUUCGGUGGAGUACAGGAGGAAGUUGUCUUUAGCUUUGUUUUAUAAGGGUUUGUUAACACUCUGCUCUGAAGACAAGAUCCAGCAAAAAUAUCGUUCUGGAUCUAUCCAAAUAUAUAACAUGAGAUCAGUGUCAAAGGGUAGUCAAGUUUACACGACUAAUUCGGCGCUCUGGCCUCUCAAUCAACCGAUAAACAAAGUUGAAGCUUUGACUCAAUGCUCUGGCGAAGUGGUAUACAGUGAUGAUCUGCCAUAUCAGCCCCAUGAAAUGUCUGCCGCAUUUGUUCUUACUACAGUGAGCACAGGAAAAAUCGUCCAUAUUGAUGCAAGUAAGGCGUUGAAAUGUAAAGGAGUACUAGCAUUCUAUACAGCAAAAGAUAUACCAGGCCUGAAUUCCUUCACACCAGCGGAUGACAUAUUUGGAAUAAAUAAUGAAGAAUUAUUUUGCAAUGGAAUAGUAAAGUACCACAGCCAACCAAUAGGAGUGAUAGUAGCUGAAACAUACGAAAUAGCUAACGCAGCUACAAAACUGGUUGCGGUUACGUACAGUGGUGUUAAAACACCAGUAAUUAGGGUUGAGGAAGCGAAAAAGGAUCCGUCAAGGACCACAUUAUACAGAACUAUUUAUGCUACAAGAAAAGGUACAGACAUUGUAAAAGUGAUUAAAAAUAGCAACACAAUAUACGGACAAUACCAUUUUGUAAUGGAAAACAUUAUGUGUCUCGCUCAACCGUCGCAAGAAGGACUUAAAAUACACGCGACAGCGCAAUCGUUGGAUGCAAUGCAAUUGAUGAUAUCGCGGGCACUAAAUAUUGAUCAGAACAGAAUCGAUGUCCACAUGCGUCAAUUAGGAGGUUCCUAUGGUCUGAAGAUAUCCCGUUCAAUCCAGAGUGCAGUAGCGUGCAGUCUUGCUGCCUACCUAUUAAAUAGGCCCUGUCGGUUCAUAGUUCCAAUGCAAGUCGCUACAAAGGCUGUAGGGAAAAGACUCCCUUGUCACACAGAUUACGAGGUCGGUGUCGACGCUUCUGGAAAGAUCCAAUACAUGAAUUAUGAUUUAUAUGAAGACAAUGGCUACACAAUUAACGAACAGUUCAUUCAAGUGAUAGUUGGAAGCUACAGUAAUUGCUAUGACAGUUCUUCGUGGAACUUUAGAUGUUUCGACGUUACCACUGAUACUCCUAAAAACUCUUGGUGUAGAUCGCCUGGUAACCUAGAGGCUAUUGCGAUGGUAGAAUAUGUAAUGGAACAAAUCGCAUGUGAACUAGGAUUGGAUCCUUUAGACGUACGCCUAGCAAAUAUUGCAGAAGAGUACGCUGAUAUAAAAAAAAUGAUCAAAACCAUUAAAAAGAACUCAAACUACGAAAAAAGACGUAAAGCAGUGGAUAAAUUCAAUCGCGAAAAUCGAUGGCUUAAGCGAGGCUUGCGUUUCUCCAUCAUGAGAUGGACUCCAAUACCCGUUGGUAUCAUAGCAGUAAACAUGUCUGUCUACCAUGGAGAUGGUACAAUCGCACUAACUCACAGCGGUAUUGAAAUGGGUCAAGGUUUGAAUACUAAAGCAAUUCAAGUAUGUGCCUUUUUGCUUAAUAUCCCUAUAGAGAAAAUUCAAGUUAAAGAAAAUAAUACCAUAAUAGGGCCCAAUGUGUACGCAACUGCAGGUAGUUUGGGAUCACAAAAUGUGUCGCUAGGAGUGACAGAAUGCUGCGAAGAGUUAUUAAGAAGAUUAGAGCCUAUACGACAACAACUAACGAAUCCGACGUGGGAAGAAUUGAUAAGUACGGCCUAUCAGAGUAACGUAAACUUGCAAACUCAAGGGUUUGUGGGCAUUCCAGAUAUUGAGAAGUACAUGUAUAACAUAUUUGGCGUAGCACUGGCAGAAGUAGAGGUAGAUGUAUUAACUGGAGAAUUUCAGGUGCUCAGAGUCGAUCUGGAGGAAGAUGUUGGGUUGAGUACAAACCCUUUCAUUGAUGUUGGACAAAUUGAAGGCGCAUUUAUUAUGGGACAAGGUUAUUGGACCUGUGAAGACCUAAUAUAUGAUAAAAAUACAGGAGAAAUGCUAACAACCCGCCCGUGGAAUUACUACGUCCCACUCGGAACUGACAUUCCACAGGAUUUUAGAGUUUAUUUUAGAGAAAAUUCUUAUAGUUUCAAGCAAAUAUAUGGUGCUAAAGCGAUUGGUGAACCAUCGACAUGUCUCUCUGUCGUCAUAGCCUACGCUAUCAGAGAAGCCAUCUCAUCGGCCAGGGUCGACUCCGGGAUACCUACUACAGAAUGGUUUCCUAUCAAGGGACCUUAUACUGUUGAAAAGAUUGCUCUCGCGAUGAAAACCGAGCCAGCUGAUUUUAAAUUUAAUUGUUGAGCAAUCGGAUGACACUGACGAAGACAAUCUAAUAGUUGAUUUUUCAAGAAUAAUUUAUUGUUUAUUUAUUAUCAUCAUCUGUGACAAAU